CUACAAAAACCUAACAGUUUUCUGUAAAAUAUCUCUUUUUUGUUCGCUGCGCUUUGCCCAACACUCGCCUCCAACUCCACGGAUCAGAUCCGAGGAGUUUGGCAAACCCUAGCGCCCUUUCUUCAAUCUCCUCAUUUUCCUCUAUCAAUCUGCAGCCAUGGCAGGUUUGGCUCCAGAAGGAUCCCAAUUUGAUUCUCGCCAAUAUGAUUCUAAAAUGAAUGAGAUUCUUUCAGCAGAAGGCCAGGAAUUUUUUACAUCUUAUGAUGAAGUUUAUGAAAGUUUUGAUUCAAUGGGGCUGCAAGAAAACCUCCUCAGAGGCAUUUAUGCUUAUGGUUUUGAGAAGCCAUCUGCAAUUCAGCAAAGGGGUAUUGUUCCAUUCUGCAAAGGCCUUGAUGUGAUUCAGCAGGCUCAGUCUGGUACUGGGAAGACUGCUACCUUCUGCUCUGGGAUACUGCAGCAACUUGAUUAUGAUCUAGUCCAGUGCCAGGCUUUAGUUUUGGCACCAACUAGGGAGCUCGCUCAACAAAUAGAGAAGGUUAUGAGAGCUCUUGGAGAUUAUCUUGGUGUUAAGGUUCAUGCUUGUGUGGGAGGGACAAGUGUCCGUGAGGAUCAACGCAUUCUUCAAGCUGGUGUUCACGUUGUAGUUGGAACACCUGGUCGUGUGUUUGAUAUGUUAAGGAGGCAGUCUCUUCGCCCGGAUUCUAUUAAGAUGUUUGUAUUGGAUGAAGCUGAUGAAAUGCUUUCUCGUGGUUUUAAAGAUCAGAUUUAUGACAUUUUCCAGCUUUUGCCAUCAAAAAUUCAAGUUGGGGUCUUCUCCGCCACAAUGCCACCUGAAGCAUUGGAGAUCACUAGGAAGUUCAUGAAUAAGCCAGUCCGAAUCUUAGUAAAACGUGAUGAGCUUACUUUGGAGGGUAUCAAACAAUUUUACGUAAAUGUCGAUAAGGAAGAUUGGAAGCUUGAAACUCUUUGUGAUCUCUACGAGACUCUGGCCAUCACUCAAAGUGUUAUCUUUGUUAACACACGUCGCAAGGUCGAUUGGCUUACAGACAAGAUGAGAAGCCGAGACCAUACUGUAUCUGCCACCCAUGGUGACAUGGACCAGAACACUCGAGAUAUAAUCAUGCGCGAAUUCCGGUCUGGCUCUUCUCGAGUUCUUAUUACAACUGAUUUGUUGGCUCGUGGUAUUGAUGUUCAGCAAGUCUCCCUUGUCAUAAAUUAUGAUUUGCCAACCCAACCCGAAAAUUAUCUUCAUCGUAUUGGGCGAAGCGGUCGAUUUGGAAGAAAAGGUGUCGCCAUCAAUUUUGUUACAAACGACGAUGAGAGAAUGCUUUUUGAUAUUCAGAAGUUCUAUAAUGUGGUCAUUGAAGAGCUGCCCGCUAAUGUUGCAGAUCUCCUAUGAGGAAGUUUUGUUUGUUUGGUUUAUUGUUAUUAUUAUUUUCUUUUUUGUUUGUUUUGUUUCGUUGUUUAUAGGGAUGGGAUUUCUCUUAUCUCUGAAGUGAACUAUUUAGCCUCCCACCAGAACUCUUCCCCCCCCCCCCAUUAGCUUAACUUCGUUUUCUUAUAUUAUUAGUACCAUCAAACUGACAUUUUGUUUAUCAUGUAUGGUCUGCUUUCUGUGCAAGAUUUAGAUGAUGUCGAGCUGAA